AUGGACGACUUGGAAAACGAAGAUCAAAAGCGAACGAAGAGUCGCAGCCCCUCUCCGGGCAUCAAAUCGACAGCGGUGGUGAAGUACACCGCAUUCCAAAGCCCCGUGGGCUACGCUCGGUUACAAUGUAACACAGACUUGAACAUGCCUCCCUCCAACUGGGGGGCGGCCAUUGACUCUUAUGGACUAAAGCAGAUACUGACCAGGGGCACUGGGCUAUCUAGCUUUAGGAUGGCGCACAUGUUCCCCGACUGCGUGGGGGAGGUGGACGUGAUAUCAGGUGCGGAGUGCAUCAAGAAAUUGCUCAAACUACCAUACCAACCCAAUGGAACUGUGAGUAUGAUGGUGCACCGCGUCGAGAAUACUUUGUUGUUGGAUGAUUUCGACGUGUACGACUACCUGAUGAAGUCCGAGUGGUCCUGGCUGAAGGAUUUUUUCUACGAGAACAUUUUGAAGACGAUGUCUGAGCAGGAGCGUAUGUCGCUGCGCCUGUCCCCGCCGAGCUCUGCGCUGCAGCUGACGCAGAAGUUCCUGUCGCACAGCGUGGCGCGCGGCCCCACCGGCGUCGCCACACAACCGCUCCCGCACAUGGCGGCUUCCGUGUGUCUCGCAGACAAACGCCCUUUCCUGCCUGAACCAGAGACACGUGCAGAAGAGCCUCCAAAUGAGCAUUUAUACAACCGCAACGUGCUCUGGACCUUCGAAGACAUACACAUGCUCAUUGGCAGUGACCUGCCCAUCUUCGGAGACAAGGACCGACCCUGCGUCAGUCUCAGGCUCAGGGACACGCGGGAACCCAUAAAUGUUCUCACCGGCAUCGACUACUGGCUCGACAACCUCAUGUGCAACGUCCCUGAAGUCCUAAUGUGCUACCAUCUCGACGGCAUAGUCCAGAAAUAUGAACCCAUGAAGACCGAAGACCUACCUAAUAUGGAGCACUCCAAAUUUUCCCCAAAAGUCAUUAGAAAUGUUGCCCAGAAUAUCUUAUCUUUCUUGAAGUCUAAUGCUACCAAAGCUGGGCACACUUACUGGCUGUUUAAAGGUCCUCAUGAUGAUGUAGUCAAGCUUUAUGACCUGACAUCUCUGUGUCCUGAUAGUAUGGACAAUCCGUUCACUACUCCGGUAGCCAUGUUACUUUACCGAGUAGCUCGGAACAUGCGAAUGACGAACAGGUCCAAACAUGUCCGUCAGUUGCUUGAACAUGUCAUAGAACUGCUGAAGGAAGAGAGGUAUCCUCAAAUUAUUGCGUCUUCACACUAUAUGCUCGCUGAUUUGUACGUACCCGCUACUACGAAUCCUGCUAAUCCUGAUUUUAAAGAAGAGAGUGUAGACUCAGAUUGUGAAGAUCCAGAUUUAUAUCCUCCCCAAGCAGAGGACGUUAGCUCGGAACACGCUGAGGACACUGUGGAAGUACCAGAAAAGGGAGAGGGUUCCGAAAAAGCAGAGGGAUCUGAAAAGGGGGACGGAUCUGAAAAUGUUGAGGGAUCUGAAAAGGGAGAAGGAUCCGAAAAGGGGGAGGGAUCUGAAAAUAUUGAGGGUUCUGAAAAGGGGGAAGUGUCAGACGCCGAAGGAGAAUCGGCUCUUGCCCUCCAAAUCCGAGGGUUGGCACUCAGAGAUAUAGGGGACAAAGUUCGGAAUAUUGUUGAAGAGCGCAAGCAGUCGUCUGGCGGAGGCAGCGCGGUGGGCGCGGCGCCGCCGGAGCGCUGCGGCCGCGCUCUGUCGCACGCGCUCAAGGGGCUGCGGGCACUGCACCACGUCACCAUACACAAGUCCAAGGAAGAAGAACGCGAGCGUAUAAAACAACAAAUAAUAGUAGAGGAACAACACCCUAAAAUGGCGAAUCCGUACGAACCAAUCAAAAUGAGUUACGAACCAAUUGCUAAAUCUAAGACCGAAGCCAAAGAACACACGUCUCGCAGCCGACGACGGAAACGCGAGAGGAAACAAAGCGACAAAUCUGGCAACUUUUUAAUAGAAGCUUCCAGUGUAGACAAAAACGCUAUUCAGAUACUUAAAGACAAGAAAGUCUACCCGACCUGGCACGAGCCUAAUCGAGAUGAUAAUUUCGCGUGGAAAUUGCAUUUAAAAACUUUGUUAUAUGAGAAAAUAUGUCUCGCUUACGCCAUCUUAGCUGAAUACAGCUAUGUGAACGAACAGUAUGGUUUCUCUCUCAAAUAUAUCGACAUGGCCAGUAAAUGCCAGAAGUUAUUAUCGAAUAUGAUAAUUAAAAGUAAGGUUGUUGACCCUGGGUGCCUGCUUGGCCGUGUCGGAGACAACUUCUUCCAAAUGUCCAAGAACUGGCACCGUUUGGAGCAGUUCAAGAAGCAGUUUAGUACAGAUCAUGAUAUUGACGCUAAGAUCCGACUGGAGCUGGAAAAUGAUAUGACUGAGGAAGUUGAACAUGCUGUUAAUGAUGAGCUUGAGUUGGACAUAUCCUUACCGUCAAGCGAGGUGUCCGCGAUGUUGAUGUCGAUGUCUGCGUACCGCGCGGCGGCGUCAGUGCCCGCGCCGCGCCGCGCCGAGCUGCUGCGUCGCCUCGCGUCCGUCGGCAACGAACUCGCCGUCAGGCAUAUGAAUGAUGGACAACAAAUCUACAUGAGAUACACAGAAGAAGAGGACCCAGAAUCCCGAAGCGCUAAGCUCUUAUUAAAACAGUUCGUGUCAAUAUCUCGCAAGUCGCUCGAGUGUUUGGACGAAGCCACUGAGAUAUUUAAACAAGUUAAUGAUAUUCCUAACUUGGCACUGCUGUACUGUAAUAAGGGAAGGUAUUUAAGAUACCGGGUGCAUUGCGAUCAGGGAGGAUUCACGCCGGAGAAACGUCGCAUGUACGCCGAGGCGGAGCAACUGUACGUGUCGGCGCUGCAGUUGCUGGGUCCGCGCGAGACGUGCGGCGCCACCGCCGUGUGGGAGCUGGUGGCCUGGGAACUGUCCUGCCACGUCUACACGCGCGCCGUGCUCAUGCAGGACUCCACCGACAGUGCUUUUGAAGUCUCAGAAGUAUCAGAUGCUCUAAAGCACGCGCUGAAGCACUGCCCGCUAAGUCCGGGGCCAAGACAGUACCUGUACCAGUUCCGAGCUGCUAUGAUAUACCACCGACUUGGGUCCCUGUACCAUUCGCAGUAUCGCUUAACGUCCGAGGAAGGUCCCCGUCGCCGCACGCUGUUCGUGGCGUGCCGCAGUUACUACGAGCAGGCGAGCAACAUGUUCGCGCUGUUGGAGGACGGCGUCAUGUUCCUCACGGUGCAACUGGAACAUGUCGCCCUACUCGAGGCACAGGCUGCUCUAUCACCAAAUCUGAAGCUCAAGUCUCUUCAGUCAGCAGUCCAACUCCUACGUCAAUCACACUCUAUAAUGAAAGUUUUAAAGGAGAAGGACCCAGAAGAAAAGGAGAAAACAGAAGAAGGGGAUGAGAAAGGCAUGAAAGGUGAAUUUAAUCUGCUAUCACUCUACGAAUCUAGAUUGCAUUUUAUACUUAAAAGUAUCAUUCAAUAUUGUUUAUCAAAAUCUAAUAAGGAUUACGAAAAAAUGAGAGAGACAUAUAAGAAAUUGUACUCCGCUAGUCUUAGGAUUAAGAAGAAUGAAGACAUAAGACUGUUUGCGGCUAGCAUUUGUGACGUUUUAGCUAAUAUGGAUGAAAUAAGUAAACAGUUUUAA